AUGGACGAGUCACAAGAAGAACAACAUCAGGCUCCGCCUGUCUACCCAGUGUACCAGGUUGGAACGGACUCCAUGGGACAACAAGUGUUUUAUGGAGUUCAUAUGGGCGCGGAAAACCAAAUGUAUCCGACUGGCGAAGUGUAUCAGGUAAAACUUUGCUUUUUUUUUGAUGUUUAGGUUGAGGAGGUAGAAUGCUGCAGCAUGCUGUGAUAGGGAUGGAUUGUGGCUGUUUGAGCUAAAACUUUAUACGUUUUAGUUUCAGAAUAAAGGUCUAAAGCUUUAGGAAUGCUAUGUCAAGUUCCUUCGGCGUUUUAUAACACUCGCUGGCCAAUUUUAUAUUAUCCAUGACUAAAAAUACAUAAAUUUUAUGUUUUUUCUUGUCAAAAUUGAUUAUUCUAAUUCAAAAUUUGUCUUUUCUUUUUACAGAAUCAACAGAACUUUCAUCAGAUGCCUCCUCAAUUUUUCAGUCCUGUUCAACAAGGUCAGGACCCAGCUCAGUUUGCACAACCUCAACAGUUCAUGGGCCCGGUUUCGCCGCAACAACAGCAGGAGCAGCAACAACACUACAUGUAUAACAUGCAGAAUCCUCAAUAUGGACAGCAGCAGUUAUACCCGCAGCAGAUGCAGCCUCAGAUGAAUUUUCCUCACGCUCAUCAGCAAGUUUAUGGUCAAAUGGUGGAUAACAAUGGUCAACAUGGGCAUGGUAAGGCUUUUGUGGUAAUUGUUUGUGUUUAAAUGAAUGUUUAUUUUAGGAUUAUAAGGUAUAUAUUGAUGUUUUAAUAGGUCUUUUUAUAACUUUAAGCGAGGUGUAAGUUUAAAGGAGUUUUUAUCUUGUUUUAGCCGUGUUCUGAGGACUGAAGGAUACAAUUUUGUUUUUGGUGCCUUGGUAAAUCAAAAAGUUUAGAAAACGCAUACUUUAUUUGAGUUUUUAAAUAAUCUUGUUUUAGAAGCUAGAGCCGUGUCAGCUUUAUUCGACAAUGCAUCGGAGAACUACACGGCCAAUUGGGUGUCCUCAACUUCAUCGAUACCAGCGGAGCAAAAGGUACUGCCAGAAGUUAGUGAUGAAGUGGAGCCAGCUGACUUCGGUGGCACAUGGGUAAAACAUUGAAGAUGGAUUUUGCUUAAAAUUUUGUUUUUUAAUUAGUUUUUUUUUUAUUUUAAAAUCCAACUGAAUGAAAAUGCUUAUGUUUCACUCGUUUUAGGUAACAUUUUUGUCAGUUUUUACUACAAUAUGAAUUAAUCAUUACUAUUUUCAGCCACCUACUCGAAAUCGCAAUCAAAACCAGCGUCAUUACGAUGUCCCUGACAAUAUGAUGGCCGGAACUUCGGCCAACACGGUCGGCGGAUUCAUGAAGUCACCUCCACCGCGCCCAAUGCAAAAGCUGGAGCACCAGGUGGCACAACUGAACAUGGGUGAACAACAGAGACAGGUAAGGAAUGGGUAUGGCUGUUGUGUGAAUAUUGUGUUAAUAAAGGCGUUUUGCGGGUAAAAUAAAGCUUUGACGGCGAUAGUCGUGACUUUUGAGAUGUUUUGAGGUUUGAAAAUUUAUCUAACAAUAAGUUUUUAAGGGAUUUUGUUUGAAUAUAUUGAUUUUCACAUACACUAUUUGCCAAUUUUUGGCUUGAAAAUAACAAUAUUAAUAAAAUAAAAAAUACAAGUAAAAAGACAGACUAUAUUUUACAUAAUGAAAAAGCCAAGAUCUUGAGCAAUAUGACUAGAAAAUCAAAGAAAAAUAUAAAAUAUGACGAGUAAGAUAACACGUCACGUUAUCGCUAUUAUUUUUUAACAAAAAAUAUACAUCAUGACAAUAAUAAAACAAUUAAAAGAAAAUUAAUUUUAAAAAAAGUAAAGAUAACAAUAAUUAAAAUAAUUAUCAAGACAAUGACGCCAAUCCAUACACUUGACGUUACCUACAAAAGUUUAGCGUAUAAGCUGUGUUGUAAACAUUGUAAUUAACAAAAGUGCAGGAUUUAACACUUUAUGUCCAUAAAUACACUUUUUGCGGAAAAAAUGAACAAUUAGGCUAAUUAAGCGGAAAAAAUUUGUUAUAAAUAUGUAAUGAGGCUAGAUUUGGGCAGAUAUCGAGGUGAAUGAGGUAGUUUUGUCUAGUUUGGCUUGUGUUUUGGGGACUUUUUCUGACAAAAUUUUGUAUCAACUUCUUGAUCAAAAUUUGAUAACGCUACUAUACUUGAACACAGGGUCGGGUGCUAAGAGGAUCCUUUAUUUUUUUUAAAUUUUGAAUAUUUUCCCAUCUUUGUUUUUUGAGGAAAAAGUCUUAAAAUAGUUACCCCAACUGUCUGUGGGUCAAUUUUUAAAUUUUUUAUAGACAAAAAUCUGUUAGCAUGGUACUACACUUGGCUUUAGCCCACUUUUAAACUAUGAUUGCUCUAAAAUAUUUGAAGCGAUUUAUACUAUGAGUUUGCACGCGAAUUUGAAUAGGCUGGACCGUUACAAUAAUGGUCAGCGCGAUCCGUUUCCUGACCAUUUUUCCCCUAUUGUUUUGACUCGGAAUGUUGUUAGAUUCCGAUUAGAUAUGAUCCGCGGAAAAGUUUUUUGGUCGAAAUGUGUUCAACCGUGUGUUAUAAAUAGUGUUUGAAGGGCUUUUGUAUGCGGUUUGAUUACUUUUUGUAGGAUUGGAAGCUUUAGCAUGCUUUGAUAUAAUUUUUAGUCUUAUUUUAUCGUUGGUAAUCUAGUAGUCGAAUGUAGUUUCGUUGAUGUUGUUGUUAUAUUGGCAUCAUGGAAAACUUUUUUAGCAUACAAUGUUUAAAAACACUAUUUUUUGGUUACAAACUAAUUUUUUUAUUGAAAAAUAAUUUAGAAGAAACAAAUAUUAUUUUAAAACACUGAGAUACACUUUACUCAUCUCAUAAGAUUAAACAGUGUUUAUAACGCCUUAUAGCUGCUCAUCAACUGUCCAGUUGAUUAACAUACACUCGAACAUUUGCAAAACAUAAUCCCUGGUCAAGUUGUUGAAAGAGCAAAUGAACAUUGUUGCGAAAGCGAUUAAAUUGUGCGGUUAAGCUUUUGCGGGGCAUGGAUAAUAUAUGCAGGACGUAAAAUUGGUCCGGCUUUAGAUUCGGUUGCAUUUUCGUGUAGUUCAGGUGAUUUAAGGACUUAUAUUUGGCUCAAUAUUUUGGUUUGUUUGGUAGGCUAGGGUUUCGUUUUUGGUAUCUGCUAUUGCAGUUACUGUAGAGUGACAGGCUUUCUUAAAAUACACAAUCAGACUGGCUUUUCGUUGUUACUUUCACUGUGAUAGAAGGUUUUUCUAUAGAGGUUUCUACUUUAAGAAAGUGUCAUGAGGUAGAUUUUAACUUAUCAUAAAAGGAGUGAUUAUUUUUGAAUCGUUUAAUAUAACUAGAGUCGUCUUUAAAUAUUGCAGAAAAAAUGUAAAAUGUGAAUAAUGGUUCUCGGAAUAGUCGGAUUACUCUGUUGUUUACGUUUUUAAGCAAUAUCUUAAAGACGAGCAUAGUAAUUAUGUUGUCAUUUCAUGACAUACUAGAGCAAUAGGAACGAUUGAAGGGCGUAGCCAAGGGAAUAUAACGCCAAUUUCUUUGAUAAUACAAAGUUAUGAAACUAAAGCAGCUACAGAAAGCAAUAUUUUUGGAGGAAAGACAACAAAAUCUCAAUGAGAUCUUUGUUUAUGCUUUUUAAAACGUUCAAAGGAGCAGUGUAUUGUAACUUUAAAUAACGUUUUACGCUUAAAAUUUUUGAUAUUUGGGUUUCAAAUGGACCAACGAUGAAACAGUUUUCUUUAUUCUAAUAUUUUUGGUUAGGAAGUAUCUUUAAAGGUCUUUCUUUGAUGAAAAUUUUCUUUUUUUUCUUUAUUAUGCUUUUCUGGAAGCUUAGUUUGUUAGUAAACUUACUUUUAAAAAGACAUUAUAGAUUAAAUCAGGGCAAAAAUUCUCGGUUUUCUACUUAUCUUUAAUAAAAAACAUUUUUUGGAACAAAAACAAUAAAAAACGCAUCAUACGGAAGUGUUCGGACUAAUUUGCGGUCCUUUUUUAUCUCCUUCAUAGAUCGCGCAUUACGUGGGGCUCGAGAAUGUCGAGAAUAAAGGAGCCGGGGAAGAGGAGUAAAAGAAGACGCGCUGCUUUUCCCCCUCAAUCCUUCUCCAUCCUCCUUCUCAUGGCCAGGUCGCUCGCCGCUGCGUUUCGUCGGUUCGCGGCCAGGUCUCUCGGGCUCGCUGCUUUUAUACGGGUUUUCAAUCCAUCCCCUUUUGCUUUCUAGCUCUUUUCAUGGACUUUCCUCUUGGCUAGGUUUUUUCUUCCUCCUGAUUUUUCUCUUUUGUUUUCCCUUCCUCUGGCUUCUUCUUGGCCUUUUUAUUUUUAAUGUUUCUGCCCCCUUGACGUUCUCUUUCCUCUUGGCUUCUACUUUUCCUCUUUUUUGCUUUUGUUGGCCUAGUUGUCCGUCAUUGAAUGCCCCCUCAAUUUUUUCAUAUUUUUUUGUAUGGCCAAGUCCCAAUUGCUCUCGAAAAUUGUGUGUCCAGCGAAUUCAGGGGCUGGAGAACGAAUUUCUCCCUCGCUCGUCGAAAACCGAGGGGGGCCGGAUGUUUUUCGCUCAACAAAUUUGAGAAUUUUAUGGAUUUUCUUCGGGAUUCAUAAAGAAGUUUGGUGGUAGAAGAAGCAUGCAACAAGGGAGGGGGAUUAGACUUUUGAAAACGGUGGAUUAAAGUUUUGCUACGGGUUUUGUGGAUUGUCAUUAGGCAGAGCGAAGGCAAAGCUGGGUUCGGAAUGAGAAAUGUUUUAUUUUCAUGUGGAUAUGGGUUAACAUUAGUCAUUUUAGGCUGAUAAAGCUUUACAUUUUUGCAUUUAAAUAUUAUUUUAAGCUAUUAUUUGAUAAAAUUGAGUUUAUAUAACGAUAGUGAUUAUUUUACUGUUAAACGUGGCAAAAUUAUAGUUAGUUGACUGUGAGAUGUAAAUUGCGAUUUGUGCUUUGUUUAACACUAAUUUUUGCUUACGAAUUAAUUUUUGAAUGAAUUUUACCUUAAGAACAACUUUUUGUCUAUCAUAACAUGACGUAAGCUUACAAAAGUACGUUAAAAACCCAUUACAUUUGAGUAUUAGAUAUACGUAGUGUAGCGACGACAAUUAAAAAUUUAAUAAUGCGAAAUUGGAGUGAUAUUAACCAUAGUAACGAGAAUUUGUAACUCUGUUUUUCCAGCUACAUUGCUGAAAUUUAAUAAACAUAAGUAAUGAAAUGUUGUUUUCGAGACAUAUAGUGUUUGUAAGAUUAUAGGUGUUUUAGUAGUAUAAAUUUUAAAGAAAAUGGCAUUUUUUGGGUUUUUGGAAUAGUAAUGAUUUUAUUCUUUAACAAAUUUUAUAAUUUUGAUGUUUUAAUCAUUAAAAGACUGUUUACAGUCAUUUUUAGCUACGUAAAAGUUUAUUUUUUGUUUUAUUACGAUGCUUUAGAGUUGCUUUUCUUAUUUUUAACGGGGUUUACUUGAAAAAGUUUUUAAUUUUUUUAACUUUUAGUUUUUAUUUUGGUUUUCUUUGGUUUUUUACGUUAUUAUCACUUGUUUUGUCGUUUUUAAUCGUUUUACUUCAUUUUGUAAUUUCAAUAUCAAAUUUUAACCACAGCUUUUUUUCAGAACGCAUUCGCUCAGCACCAACAACAACAAUCGUAUCUCCAGUACCACCAGAACGCCUAUCCAGCGCUUCAACACGACCAGGACCAAGGUAAUAUGGCAGCCACAUCAAUGGUCGUAGCGCCUCAGAAUGCGAUGCCAAUGAAUCGACCCACCUACUCGGACAUGGUAAAACGUGGUGCUCCACCUUCACAGCACAUUCAAGUUCACAUUAACAAGAGAGAACAGGAACAACAGGUAAGAACGUUGGUUUUUGUGGUUAUUUUUCGAAAUUUAGGCUAAAGCUCAAGCUCAAAUGCAGCAGGAACAAAGGAGUAAGCGAAGGGAUCAGCAACAAAGGCGGAAUGAUUAUCAAGGGUAAGGUUUAUAUUCGGAAGUGUUGUCAAGAGUAGGGUUGGAGGUGAUGUAUAAGGUUAGAAGUUUGAUCUUGAAGGUUAUUUUAUGGUAGUUUAUUUUAUUGUGACAUUAUUUUAGCCAGCACAAUGAACGUUAUGGUGGUAAUCACUCGAGAAAUCAGAAUCCUGGACCUGAAAAUGAUGUAAGUUGGAAGAACAUGUUGCUUUUUAAGUUUUUAAUGUUGUUUUGAUUAAAAGUGGAUGUUUUGGAUAUUUUGUAGUUAAAAAUGGACAAAUUAGUCUAAUAAACCUAGGUCUUCAAAUUACAUCUUAUACAUAAUGUCACAUUUCAGCGUCGACGACCACAACACUCAAAUUCGCAGCCCCAACCGCAAGUUCAUCAACAGAUCCGCCCGCUGGCUGCUGCUCAACCCCAAAUGAGACGAAACACACCGCAGCCAAGCCAAAACUACGAUGCUAAUUUCAAUGUUUCCCCGGUGCAAAAACAGAACUUUGAUCCCAGACAUAACCGGAACGUUCAACCCAACAAUCACCAGCAGCAACAGUUCAAUAACUGGCAACGGACGGCUUCACGGAGCUCAAACCAGCCUGGUGGAGUGAGUUUGGGAGUGGUUUUUGGGUUGAAAAGGUUAAUAUUGGGUUGGGGAUUAAUAUUUUUUGAAGAUUUUGGGAAGUUUUUGUGGUUUUUUUAAGAAAUUUUGGUUUACAUUGAUGUAGGUAUAGACGUUAUGAAGUAAAAUGGUCUUUUUAGUAUUUUCAAACACAUUUUUUAAUUUUUAAAAUCUUAUUCUUACGUUAAGAUACCUACUUUCAGUCUCGAAGCAUGCCUGUCCCUCCCAAUGAGACUCUACACUUUGACCUCACACAAAACAACUGCCCACAACAACAACAUAGCCGAUCGUCUGGUUAUAAUCAGCAGCAGCCGCAGUUACCGUUUCCGCAGAACUACAACGUUCCACCGCCGAACGCAGCUCCACCGUUCGUUAUGAAUCAAGGCCAGGGAUGUGCUGUGGCGGCUGGUGAGUUUGGCGGGGGUUUUUGAGGGUUUCGGGAGUGAAAAUGUUGAUUUUGAUUGUCUUUUUUUAGUUGGAAAGUUUAUAUUUUGGGAAGAUUUUGUCUUUUUUAGGAUUAUAUUUUUAAAUGUUACCUAAAUUUUCAAUUUUUUAUAAAAAAUUUAUUAAAAUUCUGUUUAUUUUACCUGAAAUCUUUUUAGGUCCGCCCAGUUCCGUGCGCCAGGUCUCGUUGAUGGCCCAUCAGAUGGGCAUGUUCCGUCCUCAAUACCCACUGCCCUAUCACCUGCCCAGCAGCAACCCCUUCUUCAUGCCCAGUCAUCGCCCGCUGAGCCCGCAGAAGGAUGUGUUCCGCAACACUUGGCUCGACGCCGAGCACCUUCCACACGACCAACUCAUCGCCGAACUCACGCUGAUGCCCGCCGCUCAGGCCCACAACAAUAAUAUUCUGCACAACAAGGGAUAUGUAAGUCAGAAGGUAUCGUUUAUUGUGAUUUGUUGUUGAUUUUUAUAAUAUUGUUGUUGGAAUUUAUAGGGAAAGAGGGGUAUCUUUGCUUAUUAUUUGUUAGGGGAAUGUUUCUUUGCUUGAGAUUUGUAAAUGGAAGAGGUAUAUUUGGCUGGCUUGGGUACAGGGAGGAGAAUAAUUUUGCUUGAUAUUUGUUGGGAGAGGGGUUUCCUUGCUCGAUAUAUUUAAAGAAAGGGGUGUUUUUUGUUAGAUAGAUCCGUGUCCUGACUCUUUUGGAUGAUAUGUAGACUGGAAAGGAUAAAUUGAGGUUUUUAGGUAACAUUUUUUGUUAUAUUUUAUCAAAAUUGCGCUUUUUGGUUAAUAUUUGUGUAGAGAAGGAUAAAACUAAAGGUUUUGGGUAAUAUUUUCACUGACCUUUUUAUAAUUUUGGUUUUUCGCGUACUUUUUUUGUGUAACCUAUCUCUAAAAUAUCAUUUUAUGUAAUAAUUGACGUUUGAGUAUAAUUGGCAUAAUGAUCUUGUUAAAAAUAUGACUAAAAACCGAAUUUUUAAUGCCUUGUUUUGAUGAAUAAUAUAAUUAAAAAAAACUUAUUCAAUUUUAGAAAAAUCCGCCAAACGUUCACGGUCACAUGAACUCACUGUUGGCAACAGCAAUGCGCCUUGUGAACACGACCCAACCCAACGGAUACUCAGCUCAAAUGGUUGGAGCAGUUCCUGGAGCUCAACAACCAUAUCGAGGUGGACCUCCACGGCCGAGAAUGGGUAACAAUGGCAAUAGGGUAAGGGUUUUAUUAGACUGAUGGUUAUUUUAGAUAUUAAAGAGCAUGAGAAAAUAUGGCUUUAAAAUUGAGCUGUUUUGAAGAGUUUUACGGAUUUUCAAGUUUUCUUGGUGGGACCCAGAAGUUUAAGAAAUGUGGGAUCAUUUUGAAUCUUUGGAGUGAAAUAGCUUUCUUUAAAGUGGAAUAGGUAUAUUAACUUUUUUUUGUUUCAGUUUCAAGACAAUCGACGCAGUCAACCAUUCCGCGGCAACAGAACCGACCAAGAUCGUCGAUCUGCCACUUCUGGUCACACAUCAACCGAACGCGAACAAUCGACCAGUCAAGAGCCAGAGUCCAAGUCCACAGAUCGAACAACGGAAAAUAACGUAGAUACAGUGUCCAAUGUAGAAUCAGAACCGACUAGCAGAAAGGAAUCGGCUAAAAGUGAGGAAUCGGCUGAAAACUCGAAGAAAUCGACCGAAAGCGAUGGUAAAACGAAGGAAGCGACUGAUAAAGCAACGAAAGAAGACGGCAAUGCAGUAAACAAUGGUCAGGCCUCUAAUAAGAACGAUGCAGCAGCAAAAGCGGCGGAAUCAAAGCCGGUCGACUAA